AUGGUAGUAAAUGCGGAGAACACUGCGGAGAAACCAAGCGGCAACAAGGCCACCAUCGUCAAGAACACGGCUCAGCUCUCCAAGAUCCCACGUCAUAUCAUAUCCACUCAGUCAGCCACUCAGCUAGCCACUCAGUCUAAUACUCUACAAGAGGAGGAGCAAGAGGAGGAACUACAACAGGCAAAUGCGGAGAACACUGCGGAGAAACCAAGCGGCAACAAGGCCACCAUCGUCAAGAACACGGCUCAGCUCUCCAAGAUCCCACGUCAUAUCAAUUAUCCACUCAGUCAGCCACUCAGCUAG